UCUUGUAAACUCCAGAACCAUAAAAAUGUCAAAACACUGGCUCAACCAUUUAAAUCCCUCAACUCUUACUUAUUACAAACAACCUUUACAUAUUGUUCGUGGAAAGAUGCAAUACCUGUGGGAUUCUAAAGGAAACAAAUAUCUUGAUAUGAUUGGAGGGAUUGUUACUGUAUCUGUGGGUCACUGCCAUCCAAAAGUCAACGAUGCCUUAAAGAAACAAAUAGACCAACUCUGGCAUACUUCAUCCAUUUACCGAACAGACCCUAUUGUUGAAUAUGCAGAGACUUUAACCAAAAAAUUGCCUCCACAUUUGAAUACUUGCUUUUUUGUAAACUCUGGGUCUGAAGCUAAUGACUUGGCUUUAGCACUAGCUAGGCUGCACACUAAUAGAUUUGAUGUGCUAAGUCUUCGAGGUGCUUAUCAUGGAGGAACUCAAGCAAUUCUGGGUGCUACUAAUCUUGGAAAUUGGAAACAGCCAUUCCCUUCUGGCUUUGGUAUCAUUAAAAUAAAAUGUCCAGAUGCUCGAGGGCCGUGGGGUGUUGGAAAGUGUAGAGACUCUCCUGCUGAAUCAAAAAAUGGUUGCAAAUGUGAAAAUGGAAAAUGUAUUGCGUUUGAUUCACAUAUGGCAGAAUUGCGUGACUGUCUGGAUCAUGACUUCCCUCAAAGCAGCGGACCGGCUGCUUUCAUUGUUGAAUCAAUCCAGGGAAUCGGCGGAACAGUACAAUACCCCAAAAAUUAUCUUCAAGCAGCCUUCAGCACUAUCCACUCCUGUGGCGGUCUAACAAUAAGCGAUGAAGUUCAAACUGGUCUAGGUCGACUAGGCUCUCAUUUUUGGGGUUUUGAAUCUCAAGAAGCAAAACCAGAUAUUGUAACAAUGGCAAAAGGAAUAGCAAAUGGUUUUCCUAUGGGUGCUGUUAUUACAAGCAAAGAAAUUGCCAACUCCCUUGGAAAAGCUUUGUAUUUUAAUACUUAUGGUGGGAAUCCGUUAGCUUGUACUGUUGCAAAGGCUGUUAUAGAAGUAAUUGAAGAAGAAAAGCUGCAACAAAAUGCAGACAAAAUAGGCACAUUUAUGCUUGAAGAACUUUCAAAAAUUAAAUCCCCCUUUAUUGGCGAUAUUAGAGGCAAAGGGUUAAUGAUUGGAGUGGAACUUGUCGAAAAUAAAAAUCAACAGAAGAAAUUAUCAAAAGAAAAAAUGGCUAGAAUAUUUGAAAAAAUCAAAGAAAAAGGUGUUCUUUUAGGCAAGGGAGGUCUGAACGGGAACGUUUUGAGAAUAAAACCUCCAAUGUGUAUUGAUAUAAAAAAUGCUACACAAUGUGUUGAGGCAAUUUCGGAAGCUUUAGAAAGUGAAGAAUGA